AUGUCGUCCGAGUCCAAGACCAAGCCAACCCAACCCAAUCUCCGGGAUCUAGCAACCCCUCUCCAAGUGACCUCUGCGACGGACUUGAACGCCGAUGCUAUGACAGAGCUCCUUGCGCGGAAACAAGAAAUCAACGAUCUUCGAACUCAACCUACCGAACCAGCCAAGCUCAAUGGAUUGCGGGCUGUUGAGUCGAGGGCCAAUGACCUUUUGCGAAAGGUCAAGUUCAACGAAAAUGACUUAUCGGCCUUCAAGGUCAAAAUUCCAAACGUCCGUCAACUGCGCCCACAUUUGUGA